AUGUCAUAUCCCGAAUCUCACUACCUGAGCCCCGUCUGGAGGGAUGGCCUUUUCAACGGCAAGGUCGCCUUCAUCACCGGUGGCAACGGCACCAUCUGCAGCAUGCAGGCCAGGGCACUCGUUCGCCUCGGUGCCAACGCCUGCAUCGUCGGCCGCAACGUCGAAAAGACGGACAAGGCGGCCAAGGACAUUGCCGCCGUCCGCCCGGGCGCCAAGGUCAUUGGCAUCGGCGCGUGCGACGUCCGUAACGCCGAACAUCUGAAGAAUGCCGCCGACCGCUGUGCCAAGGAGCUGGGAGGCAUCGACUUUGUCAUUGCCGGCGCCGCUGGCAAUUUCAUCGCGCCCAUGGACGGCCUGAGCACCAACGCGUUCAAGUCCGUCAUGGACAUUGACGUGCUCGGCACCUUCAACACCAUCAAGGCGACGCUGCCGCACGUGCUGCGCAGCCCGACGCCGCGCAUCGUCUACGUCUCGGCCACGUUCCACUACACGGGGCUCGUGAUGCAGUCGCACGUCUCGGCGGCCAAGGCGUCGGUGGACUCGCUGAUGGCCUCGGUCGCGCUCGAGUACGGCCCGCGCGGCGUCAACUCCAACGUCAUCGCCCCCGGCGCCAUCGAGGGCACCGAGGGCAUGGAGCGCCUCGGCGGCUCGGCGGCCAAGAAGCCCGGCAACGCGCUCGUCCGCGAGAUCCCCUCCGGCCGCAUGGGGACGGUCCGCGACAUCGCGGACGCCACCGUCUACCUGUUCAGCGAGGCGGGGAGCUACGUCAACGGCCACUCGCUCGUCGUGGACGGCGCGGCUUGGCGCCGGCAGCCGGCGUUCACGCUCGGCGACUCGGGGUUUAAGUACCCGGACGUGUUCCUGGACGAGGACAAGGCCAAGCUGUGA